AAUUGCGUAGCUUCUCCAUUGGCAGCGGGCCCAACUCGCCGCAGCGCGUCGUCUCCAAUUUGCGGGGAUUCCUCACCCAUCGCCUAAGUAACAUCACACCGAGCGACACAGGUUGUUCACUGGCAUGCCAACAACUCGUACACCUUCAACUACAACAACCACACCAAAACAUGUAAAACCACACAGCAACAACAUCAAAAGCAGCAGCAACAAACACCACAGUUAACCACAAGCAACGAUUAACCACCUCAAAACCGAGCGAGAGAAGAAAUCGGAAACACAAACGGAAACGGCCAUAUUUGUAGCGAGCGCUAAGCAAUUUCCGGCUGAAAGACAUGACGGGCCCUCAGAUUGGCGCCUAAAAGCUUUAACUUAAAAGAGUACAAACAAAGAGAAUAGAAAGGAUAUCCAACACGAAUCCAGGUGCAGAACUCUAAUAACACCUCAGCAAUCAAACAAUUGCAACCAAAAUGGCCUCAUUCCAAAUACCUGUUAUCAACCUCGAGUUGCGCGAGGUCAAGGACAUCGUGUGGGAGAAGAUCCAGGAGCCGGUCAACCAGCGCCGUCUCAUCCUUGUGAUCGUAUCGAUAGCCCUGCUGCUGGACAACAUGCUGUAUAUGGUGAUAGUUCCCAUUAUACCUGACUAUCUGAGAGAGAUUGGCAGCUUCGACGAUGGGCCAACGCCACCGCCAUUGAGGGACAAUAUCACGGGCAAGAUCAUUCCCGUUCAUCAUGAUCAUCAUGGUCAGGACUCGGCCACGGGCAUUCUAUUUGCCUCGAAGGCCAUCGUCCAGCUUAUGGUGAAUCCCUUUUCGGGCGGCCUCAUCGAUAAGAUCGGCUAUGAUUUACCCAUGAUGAUCGGACUGACUAUUAUGUUCUUCUCCACGGCCGUUUUUGCCUGUGGCAGCAGCUAUAGCGUCCUGUUCUUUGCCCGAUCUCUUCAAGGAGCUGGUUCCGCCUUUGCGGAUACCGCCGGAUUGGCCAUGAUAGCGGAUCGAUUUACUGAGGAAAACGAACGAUCACAGGCUUUGGGUAUUGCGUUGGCCUUUAUUAGUUUUGGAUGUCUGGUGGCGCCACCGUUUGGCGGAGCUCUCUAUCAGUUUGCUGGUAAGGAAGUGCCCUUCCUGAUCCUGGCAUUGGUGUGUCUGCUGGAUGGCUUGAUGUUGCUGCUGGUAAUGAAACCGGUCAAGGAGGCAAUUAAGCAAAGCAAAGAGGUGCAAGACCAAGUGAUUCCCAUCUGGCGGCUGUUGAUGGAUCCCUAUAUUGCCGUCUGUGCUGGAGCACUCACCAUGUCCAAUGUGGCGCUGGCCUUCCUGGAGCCAACUAUCUCCCUGUGGAUGGAGGACAACAUGACUACGGACAACUGGAAGAUCGGAAUGGUGUGGCUUCCAGCCUUUUUCCCGCACGUGCUGGGCGUGGUCAUUACAGUGAAGAUGGCCAGAAAGUAUCCACAGCACCAAUGGCUAAUGGCCGCCGGCGGGUUGGCCUUGGAGGGCUUCUCCUGCUUUAUUAUACCCUUCUGCAGCGGUUACAAGAUGCUGAUGUUGCCCAUCUGCGUGAUCUGCUUUGGAAUUGCUUUGAUUGAUACAGCCCUACUGCCUACACUGGGUUAUCUGGUGGACGUGCGUUACGUCUCUGUGUAUGGCAGUAUCUAUGCCAUUGCGGAUAUAUCCUAUUCGAUCGCCUACGCCGUAGGACCAAUUAUCGCUGGAGGAGUGGUGGAGGCCAUCGGCUUUACGGCUCUCAACUUUUUAAUAGCUUUCUCGAAUCUAGCCUAUGUUCCUGUGCUACGAAAACUGCGCAACAUCUAUGACUUCAAGCCAUUUGAGAACGAAGCCAACAUCCUGAUGCAGGAUCCGCCCAACAAGGAGUACCAGACCUACGUGAUGCACGACCAGAAACCAGUGGAAGGCGGUGUCAAAAACCACCUAGAGUACGGGCAGCAGUAUCAGCAGGAACAGGAGACCAAUCUAGAUGACCAGCAGUACGAGUACCAACAGCAGCAGGGAUACCAGCAAGCCGGUGGCUAUCAGCAGGAUCAGGGUUAUCAGCCAGGCUACCAGGAGCAGGGCGGGAGCUAUGCCCCUCAAGGACAGCCCCGCGUGGCCAAUCCCUUCCAGCAGCAGCAGCAGCAACAACAGCAGCAGGCUCAGAGCAGAGGUCCUGCCGGCCCGGCGAAUCCCUUUAGGCAAGGAUUUUAAACUGUUGCCCAUAUGCCCAAAGGCAAAACACACAAAAACCCCUAGUCUUAAAUCGUGUUCUUUUGUACAUCUCCGUGUGCAACAAUUCUUGUUCUUUGUUGAACCCACUUUAAAACUCGACACAAAACACAUAUACAUAUAUUUAGCAUAGACAUAUAGGCAAGUGGUACGUACACUAUAACGAGCAUAACAUGCAGAUAGUUAAUACAGCAGCUAGUUAAUGCCUUGCACCGCACCAAGUUUUGUAUCAUACACGAAUGUUGAAGCAACUAAAGGCAGUGAUGGGAAGGGUACGAUUUGGUUUUACUUGGGCUGGAAACAAGAAAUGUGCCCAUAAAUAAGAUCAAGUUCGAAGUUACAUUUUUAAAAACUUGAAAAUUCGUUUAAAAUUUAAAUUAAAAGAUCUGAUAAUGAAACAGAAAAAUAAGAAAAAUGUGAUCUUCAUUUUGUAAAUGGUCCAUAAAACUGAUUAUUCAGCCCAGUCGGUUAAAGAAUUAUUCCCAUGCCCAAGUAAAUACCAAGAAAACUACCAAUGCCUACAAAAUUCCCAUCACUGACACAACGCAUAUAUGCAUAAGCAUAUAGCAGCUAUAUAGUGCGAUCCGAUCGGAUAGCCUAUGCCCUAUACUCAGUACUCAUGCAGCCGUUUUCGUGUCUAUCAGUCAGUGAAGCUAGAGAAACCAAAGCCUAGACAUAGUUAGUCGAUAAGGGGAGGACUCGGACUCCCGCCCUAUCAAAUAUACACACAUACAUAUAUGUAUCAGAUAUUAUAUACACAUAUAUAUAUAUAUAUCUAUAUAGAAGUUAAGAUUAAGCGGCUCAGCUGGCCAGAGGACCACUUUCGACCAAGUGCCGCCGUUCGACAGGCAAUGGCAUUCAUAUCGCAGACAUAUCACAAAUUGCACAAAUCGAAACCCUCCCCCGCCCACUGAACCAGAGGAACUCUUUCGGAUGUCAUUGUGGCGGACUUGGGAAUGAGAGUGGAUUCCCAGGCUGGCUUGGCUAUAUGAUUUCCGAUUUGAAAAAAAAUUCUUCAGUUAACGAUUUGUUAAUAUAAGACACAACCAAGGUAACGAUACAUAUCAGAGUCUCAAUGGCUCGCCUGUUAAAAUUACCAAAAGUGAUAUUACUUAUUGCUACUAGUCUAUAUAAAUAAUUAUAUACAUAUAUAUCGUAUCAUAUCGAUAACAUACACACCUACUUUUAGGCCGUACAUGAAGUGUACAUAAGUUAUACAACCAAUGGAAACGGAAAUCAAUUUGAGAUUCAAAUUCAAGUUUCAUAUUAACCUACCAAUCAAUUAUUAUUUGCUUGUUGACUCUAUGAGCACAUGGGCGGCUCCGAUCAGGGGACUGCCGCCAUAGUAGAUCUUCGAUAGCAUAGCAUAAAUGUGUGUACCUUGUCUAUAAGAUAAAGAUAUAAAACUAAAAUCUAAAACAAAAAUAUGAACAUAUAUAUAUAUAUAUUAAUUAAAGAUUAAAAUACUGUAUUUUUGAUUAAUUUCGACUGCACCACUUUUUAGGGCAGUUUACUGCCCCUAUAUUAUACACCUUUUUAGAUGGAGCUUAAGCUCUAUUAUAUCGAUAAGUAAAAUGAUCUUUUAUAUGCAAAUUCAGCAUGCGUAUAUGGAUGUCAGAAUAUUUAUGUACAUUUUUCAAAUGUGUUUAGUCAGAAAUUACAGUUUAUUACGAGUAUAUCACAGACUUUCUAUAUCCGUGAACAUAUCAGUGAAACGGCCAUUUCAAUGCGAACCCAGUAUAUGAGUAUCUUAUGAAUUACGAAAGCAAUUGGUUAGAUCGCAGUCUGCAUAUUUAUACGCUAUAUAUUAACAGAAAUGCACUGAUUUUAAUGAAGUUACAAAUUAAGUUUAGAAAAUCUUGGUUUUAAUAUUGUAUUUCAAUUACGUUAAUUUUUAUAUGAUAUAUAGACAUUCUAGCAAAACAAAAAUGUUGUCUGUUUUUAUGAAUUGAUUGCUUUAAAUUUUGUUUUAACACUUUUUAAUUAUUUCACUUGUUUAACUAAAAUUUACAUGUACUUAAAAUAUAUACAUAGCUCUACAAAUUUACAAAACUGUAGAAUUACUCUUAACUAUAAUAUGAAUUAAACUCAUGAAAAAAUCUCCCAUCAAAAGUAUCAAUUAAAAGGACGGAAAGGUAGUGGCGAAGAAGAAGUAAAGUGUUAAAGCAAACUACAUAUUUACAUAUAUGAAAUGCAAAAAGGAAGAAGAAAACAGAACAAUUAACCUAGUCAAUAGCGUACAUAUAUAUCAUUAUGUAACAUAUUAUAAAUAGAUUGUUUAUUUAAGUAGCUAACAAUAGAAUUUUAAUUACAAUUAACCAAACAUAUAUAUAAAUCUAAAGAGACCCCAAGAAGCAAUAUUUAUUUAAGUUUCCUUUGAAACAAUCAUCUAAAAGAAAACCAACAACGCCAAGCCCCAAAGUCAUGUUAAGAGCAUAGAAAUAUCAAUUGAAUUCCCUUCUUAUAUUUAAUUUACUUCAAUCAACUUCCUUUCACUAAAAUGUGUUUGAACUUUGCAUGACUUUUGAGGCUGGUUGUAGAUAGAUGUCAAAUAAAUAAUACAAAACAAUUUCAGGCAUUCAAGAUUUCAAAAUAGAUUUGAACAGUUUUAACCAAAGUUUGGUAGAGCGCAACAUGUAUAUGAAUCUUCCAAUUUUGGUUUACAAUUAAAUAUAUAUAAAAUUAUAUAUAUAUAUAUAUAUAUAUACAGUUAAGUAAUAACCAUCACAUAAUGUAGACAAAGGACGGAGUCCCAGAAGGUCAAUAGAAAGUAGCCUGAAGGAUGUGUAGCAGUGCCGGCAAUGUGUAAUAACUUACUAAACAAAUAAGAGCAAAUGGAACGCAUAAACUAAAUGUGUUACAAGCAUAUAAAUAUAAACAAAACAAGUAUAAGAAGAAAUGUAUGAUAAACUAUAUAAAUAUACAUUUAUAAAAUGAAUUAUAAAACACGAUAGCAGUUAAUUGAAUGGUUAUACUCUGCGUAUUACAAGUGUUGAAUGUUCAAUAGCAUUAUAUGAAUUAUGAAUUAUACGCAAUAACUGUGCGCUAUGGAUAAUUAAUGAACAAAUUCAUUUUUAAUAUCGAAUAUUUACUAAAAAUGAUAUAGGGAUUUUACCUUGGCAAACAAAAAAUAAAAAAACAAAAAACCAAACCAGUAAGCACAGAAAAAAAUAAUUUGAUAUUUUUUCAUAUGAGAAAUGCCUCUCCGAACAGUUUCUAUGUGUUGUGCGUGUGAAGAACGUUUUAGAAAAUUUAAUUGUAUACCCUUAGAGAAAAUAAAAUGAGUUUGUAAGCGAUGCCCACAAAGUUAAAUGCCACCACAGUUCAGUUUUUGUAUUGUAUAUAAGGCAUAAAUCUCGUUAGUUUCGAAUGUCUUUUUUGGUAAGAGUAAAAGUCAAACUCAAAGUGGAAGCGUUUCAAGUACAUACUUAUAUAGUACAGAGCUAAAUUAUUACGAAAGUCUUUGCAAUUUGUUUCGGCUAAUGUUAUAGACGUUUGUGUUACAUAUUUAACAAUAAUUAUUACGAUAAACAGUGGAAAUUAUAAUAACAGAUAAGUAAGCAAAUCCAAAAGAAAUACCAGAAGCGAAAAUUAAAAUUUUACCAAGUAUCCAAAUCCCAGUUCUGUAACGUUGCUGUUCAAUUUCCAAGUCUAUCCAUCUAUAUUCUAAACGUAAUUAUGUUUGUAUCUGAAUAUCAAACCGUUCUUCAACUAUCCCCAAAAAUGAAAACAAAAGCUAAGCAGCAAACUAAGUGCUAUGCAUAUCAAAAAAGCGAAUCGAUCGAUGUUCGAUGACUAAACAUAGCUAGAGCAUACAUAUUGUCAAGGCAAGCCAAAAAAUCUCCUCUAAAAUCAAAUUUAAACAAUAGGGAAAUCAAGCAGGAACUGCCUCAAAGACAAAUACCCUUGAAGUUUCAAUUCGAUGUGAGUGAAUUUUCUAGAAAAUUCAUGGCAUAAGUCAGCCAAAUUAAAAGCUUAAACAAACACAACACUCAACUUCUGCUGGCAUUGACAUUUGCUUCUGGUUUGAAAUUUUCUGGAAUUAUUCAAGGGUAAAAUACAAAUAGAAAACUCGAACUGCAUCGAAAGAGAAUUCAAAAUGGCAGUUGCCUGCUCCUGGCUAUGGGAAAUGUUAUGAAUAAUGAAUUGAACAAGCAGAACAACACACAAAAAAUAUAACCGAACGUACAUUAAAACAUACAGUUAUUGGCAUGAGCUAUAGAGGAAAGAUAAUGCAUUAUUACAGAGCGACACACCCAUACACACACACCCACACACAUCCAACACCCAACAGAAACAAACAAACGACACAAAACCAACAUGUACUAUUGAAAUAUAAUUGUUAACCAUGGAAAAA